AUAUUGUGUAAUUGUUCUUGUUGAAGAGAGAACAUUUUUGAGCUUCUCGGAUAACUUAUAAUCUCAGCAAAAUAAUUGGACCUCUGUCAAGACAAAACAUACUCCAUUAUUUUAUUCUUAUCCUUUCCAAUAAAGCUGUUUUAUGCCAAAUAUCUGAAAAUCACUUCAUGUUUUUUUAAUCUGACACCACACUCCCCUUUUAAAUAUUUGUAAAUUCGGUCAUUUUUUUGAGAAAUCUGAGACAAACCCAGUUCCCGUGACACUAUUUUCUUGUCUUUAGAACCGGAAAGAAAACUGCAGAAUUGGAUCUUCAUUCUUGCCAUUAAUGGAGAAUGUUCUGUUCUUGAGCUAAGGUUUAAUUUUUAUGGCUGUGAUUUAUUUUCGUUCUUGUUCAAAAAAUUGGAGAAAUUUUGAUUAGUUGGAUUGGCAGUGAAGCUUCUAUAUUCGAUCAAUUAAUGGGAUUUCAAAUCUCAUUAUUCUUCGUCUUACUACUAGUGUUUUCCACAUCAAUUUUGGCACAAGAUUUGGACGAUGCAAGACUUGUCAUCGAUGCAAACACAACUAUUGCUGAAACAGACGACAAUUAUAUAUGUGCUACUAUUGAUUGGUGGCCUCAUGAUAAGUGUAACUAUAACCAAUGCCCGUGGAAUUUUUCAUCUGUUAUAAAUCUUGAUUUGUCCCACCCUUUUCUUGCCAAUGCCAUUCAAGCUUUCAAGAAUUUGAGAUUAAGACUUGGUGGUUCUUUGCAAGAUCAAGUACUUUAUGAUGUGGGGAAUUUAAAGACUCCAUGCAAACAAUUUGGGAAGGAUAAAUCUGGGUUAUUUGGAUUUUCCAAGGGAUGCUUACAUAUGAAAAGAUGGGAUGAGCUGAAUAAAUUUUUCAAGAGGACUGGAGCUGUGGUGACAUUUGGCUUGAAUGCAUUACAUGGGAGGCAUCAUUCUGGAAGAGGUUCUUGGAAGGGAGAUUGGGAUUCCAGCAAUGCUCACGAUUUCAUUAAAUACACUAUCUCCAAGGGUUAUCGAAUCGAUUCUUGGGAAUUUGGUAACGAGUUGUCUGGCAAGGGAGUAGGUGCAAGUGUUGGUGCCAAGCAGUAUGGAAAAGAUUUAAUACAUCUAAAUUCUAUCAUAGACGAAUUGUAUACAAACUUCGAGCCAAAACCUAUUCUCUUGGCACCAGGAGGGUUCUAUGAUAAGUCGUGGUUUGAACAGCUACUUCAGGUUUCAGGUCCACGUGUUGUUAAUGCUUUGACACAUCACAUAUAUAAUUUGGGUCCAGGGAAUGAUCACAAUCUCAUUAAAAAAAUCCUGGAUCCUGAUCACUUGAAUAAAAUAUCAGCCACAUUCAGAAAUCUUUCGCUCACCAUUCGAAUGAAUGGUCCUUGGGCUUCUGCUUGGGUUGGCGAAUCAGGUGGUGCCUACAACAGUGGCGGUCCUAAUGUAUCUGACACAUUUGUUGACAGCUUUUGGUAUCUAGAUCAGCUCGGGAUGGCGGCCAAGUACGAUACUAAAGUAUAUUGCAGGCAAACUUUUAUUGGUGGAAACUAUGGGCUUCUUAAUGCAAGUACAUUUGUUCCAAAUCCUGAUUUUUACAGUGCACUUCUCUGGCAUCGGCUUAUGGGAAAAGGAGUUCUCGAUGUUAACGGCCAUAGAUCCUCGUAUUUGCGCUCGUAUGCUCAUUGUUCAAAAGAAAGAGCUGGUGUAACUUUACUUCUGAUCAAUCUAAGCAAUCAAACUACGUUCAAAGUUGACGCCAAAUGCACUGGCAAUACAGAACUGCACUUGAAAGAGAGAGUCGAUAACAGGAAAAUGUAUUUUGCUCACGGUCUUAAGAGGUCGUUUUCUUGGAUCGGAAACAAAGCAUCAGAUGAAAGAUUAUUCCGAGAAGAAUAUCAUUUAACUCCAGAGGCUGAGAACCUUCAAAGCAAAAUCAUGUUGCUGAAUGGACAGGCACUGCAACUCACUGAAAGAGGAGACGUCCCAAAUUUAUCUCCAGUUCGUCGUGGUAUAAAUUCUCCCAUAAAUAUUACUCCUUUAUCCAUCAAGUUCAUAGUAUUUCCCAACUUCAACAGUCCUGGGUGUAAAUAGAGUCAGUAGAUCAGUUCAUAUCUGUUUACCACAAGAUGUAUCAGAUUGCUUUAUUCUCUAUUGCAGAUUGUUGCCAAUUUAUUUUUUAGGAACAAUAAUGCAAUUAAUGUAGGGACAUAUAUCCCACAUAUGGAAGACAUUUGAAUUAUAUGUAUUCUUAUUUAAGGGCAUUUAGUACGAUCUAUUCGAUGAGCAUCUCCGGAAUGUACGUUCUAAAUUGAAUAGAAGGCGUUACUACCUGUUGUGAUCAAUACACAGAGGAAGCCGAAUGGAGAUUUUCAAGGA